UAUCUUGAAUUCUAAAGAAAAAAACACGCAUUUUUAUGAUUUUCUCGCGAGUCGCAACGGAGUAACGGACUUCGCCGCCGCUAGCGAUGCAAUGCUCGCGCCUACGAGCUACGGCUGCUCUUCUUCUUUUCUCUCCUUAUCCACCUUAAAUCGAAGGCCUUCACCCUCUCAUCAACAUGCCUUUCUUGCACCAGCUACUCUCACGGUUCUCUUGAUUAAAAAAUCUGCCUUUUACGCUAUGCACCGUUUCCAAUAUUUUCUCAAUAUCGACAGCGGCGGUGGCCGCAGCGCCGGAAAAUGGCCAGCUAACGUUAGCCGAGGGACUGUUCCGAUGGUAUUUAACUCUGGAGGAAGUGGGGAAGAUGAGGAGCAGAAUGAUUUGGCAAAGGCGAAAACUUCAGGGACGAGCGCGAGGGGAAGGAGGUUGCUGAGGGUUCGGGAGGAGAAACGGAAGAGAGAGUACGAUCGCAUACAUAACUACCCAACUUGGGCUAAGAUAUUAGAAAACGCAUGCAAAGAUGAUGAAGAACUCCGAGCAGUGAUUGGGGAUAGCGUGGGGAACCCAGAACUCAUGAGGAAAAGGGUUGAGGAAAGGGUUCGCAAGAAAGGCAGAGAUUUUGGCAAGUCAAAAACAGGAUCGGUUCUGGCUUUCAAAGUUAACUUCAGGGACUUUAAUCCCACAGAUUCCUUUAUAUGGUUUGAGCUUUAUUCUGCACCAUCAGAUCGUGAUUUAGAUCUUCUUGGUAGUGUAAUCCAAUCAUGGUAUGUCAUGGGUCGUUUGGGAGCUUUCAACUCUUCUAACUUACAGUUGGCAAGCUCAUCGAUGGACCAUGAUCCCUUGUAUGAUGCAGAUGUGGCUGAUAGGAUCAUGCCUUCUUCAUUCCAUGACAUAAGUGAUGUGGAGUUUCAAGACAACUGGGGUCGAGUUUGGGUGGACCUCGGGACUUCUGAUUAUUUUGCUGUUGAUGUACUGCUCAAUUGUCUUACUCUGCUGAGCUCAGAAUACUUGGGAAUUCAACAGGUGGUUUUCGGAGGCCGCCGUAUGGGUGAUUGGGAAGAGGGUAUGACAAGCCAAGAAGAUGGUUACAAGUACUUCAAGAUAUGAAAUGAGAUCCUGUUGCUGGAAGAAAAUUCUGAAAGAAGACAGCAUCGGAAGCCAAAUAGGAUGUUUAGCUUUGUCUUCCUUCUUGCAGAGGCAACCAAAUCUAUAAGCUUGAAUGGAGAGCAAUCAGAAUGGGAUCCAAACAAGAAAUUCCAUCAUCUGAUGACAGAUUUCUGCUAAGCAAUUACCUGUUAGGUCAUGCCGCUUGUUCUGUACAAUAUAUAAUUACUGAGUCAUAAUUAAUAUUAUACUUUUUUUCUUUUAUUGUUUAUUGUAUGUAGACCUCAUUGUAGUCUCCCAAGCCAUAUAAAUAAAGGGCGAGGAUGCACAUUUAGGGUCA